AGAGGUCGGAGUUGAGUUCGCUUACCCAUCCUUGUGCGGCUCCGCUCUUCACUGCGGUCACUUCCAAAACCCUAGAAAUUAUUCCAAGGUAGAGAAGAGAAAUCCGUCUGUUUUAUAUCUUCCUUUAUUAACUGGGCCGGAAUGCUAUGUAGAGAGCCCAUUUAGCUGGGCUCAUUAAGCAGCCCUUGAACGUCCCAGUCCCAGAGCAAGAGAUGCGGUGGUUGGGUUGUUUGGUUACCGUCAAUCUCCACGGGUCCCUUUGUUUUUCUUUUCUUCCUUCCUGCACUCGGUGUCGGAGUUCAGACUUCAGACGAAUUCCUAAGUGCCCAAAUAACUGCCAUUCCCCUACGGGCAAUUCCCUUCUCCUAGCUCUUAAUUCUUGCAAUUUCCCCUUCUUCUAUUUCUAGCUCCACCGUCGGUUCGGUUCACACGGAAUCGCUCUCCGGAGCUCGGCCUGAAGAAUGAAGCAGUUGCACAAACAAGCCAGCGUGAACUACCGUCGGGACGAGGAGAUGCCGGCCACUCAGUACUCACCCAAGACACUCAAACACCCUAGAUCCCUUCCCAGAUCCAUCAACUACCUCUUCCGCGAGCAGCGCCUCCUCUUCGUCCUCGUCGGGGUUCUGAUCGGCUCUACUUUCUUCAUCCUCCAGCCCUCUCUCUCCCGCGUCGGCCCUUCCGAGGCCCGCCCUGCCGUCACCAGUUCCUUGUCCGGCUCUUCUUCUGUUGUUCAGUCCUACAACCGCGGAUCUUCGGGCAUAUUCCAGAGGAGGACGGUUUCCGGUCGGGUGCCUGCGGAUCUCGGCCGCCGGAGGUUGAGGAUUGUGGUGACCGGGGGAGCUGGAUUCGUCGGCAGCCAUCUCGUGGAUAAGUUGAUUACCCGCGGCGACGAGGUAAUUGUGAUUGACAAUUUCUUCACGGGGAGGAAGGAUAAUUUGGUUCAUCUGUUUGGGAACCCGAGGUUCGAGCUCAUUCGUCACGACGUUGUGGAGCCUAUACUGUUGGAGGUAGAUCAGAUCUAUCACUUGGCUUGCCCUGCAUCUCCGGUUCAUUACAAGUACAAUCCCGUCAAGACAAUCAAGACAAAUGUCAUGGGGACGCUGAAUAUGUUGGGUUUGGCCAAGAGGGUAGGUGCCAGAUUUCUGCUGACAAGUACCAGUGAGGUCUAUGGAGACCCGCUUGAGCAUCCACAAAAGGAGACCUAUUGGGGAAAUGUUAAUCCAAUUGGUGAGAGGAGCUGUUAUGAUGAGGGAAAACGAACAGCAGAAACAUUGACCAUGGAUUACCACCGAGGUGCUGGUGUUGAGGUGCGUAUUGCUCGCAUUUUUAACACCUAUGGACCUCGCAUGUGUUUGGAUGAUGGACGUGUUGUCAGCAAUUUUGUGGCUCAGGCCAUCCGCAAACAACCUAUGACUGUGUAUGGUGAUGGGAAGCAAACAAGGAGCUUCCAAUAUGUUUCUGACUUGGUGGAGGGAUUGGUAGCACUGAUGGAAGGUGUGCAUGUUGGUCCAUUCAAUCUUGGGAAUCCAGGAGAGUUCACCAUGCUUGAGCUUGCUGAGGUGGUGAAAGCAGUAAUUGAUCCAAGUGCAACAAUAGAGUUCAGGCCAAACACUGCAGAUGAUCCGCACAAGAGGAAACCGGACAUUGCAAGAGCAAAAGAACUGCUGAACUGGGAGCCUAAAAUCUCACUGAAAGAUGGGUUGCCACUCAUGGUGAGCGACUUCAGGAAUCGCAUUCUGAACGAGGACGAAGGGAAAGGGCUUUAAGGAAGUCAUAACCGUGGCAGGCACCGGAAACUAUUAUGUACAGUGUUAAAGAAAGAAGGGCAAGGCUGUAGCUUGAUUUAAUCCAGUCUCGUCAUCCACAGUUGCUCUCUCUUUAUCCCUCUGGCCUUAAUUAUGGGUGAAUCCAGAUAGCAAGUUUAUCUGGAAACCACAUCGUUUCUCGUUUCCAGGUUAAUCUUCCUCUAUUCUUUGAUUCUUUGUUGUUCUUUCUUCGUUUAUAUUGCUUGCUUGCUUGCAGUAUGGAACCGAACUGGAGACUUCAGGUUUGUUGCGAGUGCCAAGAAGGCUCCUGUUUUUUGUUAGGUUUGUUGAGCGGAGAGUUGAUUUUGUUUGUUGCCAUGGUAAUUUUGAGAUGUACAAGUACACCAGAAAGAGCUUGCUUUAUGUUUCCGAAUCAGAUUAAUAUAAUUUCUGUCGCGCUCUAUUGGUGCCAAGUUCCUGACGCUAUAGCGUGUACUAUGUUUCCGAAUCAGA